CCUUCGUAGUUUUCCUUUCCUCUUCCCUCUCCCCAUAUCCAAUACUCGCAGCGCACGUUAGUUAGCAUCACCAACAAUGGCCACCUCUCGCCCUCCCCCCCCAGUACCUCUCGAUCUCGACCUCACAAUAAUCUCUGCAAAACACCUCAAAAACGUAAACUGGAAAACUGGAGACCUCAAACCAUACGCAGUCUUCUGGGUCGACCCGAGCCGAAGACUCUCAACAAAAUCCGACGAAUCCGGUUCGACCCGACCCGUCUGGAACGAGCGAUUCACGCUCCCUCUCACCUUCGCUCUUCGCGACUCCUUCCUUACCCUAGAAAUCUUCCAUUCCAAGCCAAGCGAAACCCCCAAACCCCUCGUUGGCACUCUCCGGGUCGCAUUAAAAGAUUUAUCCGACCCCGAUGACUCAAACCGGGUCCGAACUCUUGAACUAACCCGACCCUCUGGUCGCCCUCAGGGUAAAAUCAGAAUCAAACUCGGUGUGCGUGAAAGACCGUUUUCUCCUCAUCCACCGCCGCAGCCAGUUUACGGAAUUACCGCUCCACAGAGCUAUUAUUACAGUGGCGCCGCUAUACCACCACCUCCUGACUAUAGGCGCCUGUCUAUGGCGCUUCCAGCGUCGCUUUCUCCCCCUCCCCCACCCGCACCGCAUUAUGGUCCCUACCACGACGCCUACCCUCCUCCGUAUUAUCCAGGAUAUCACUCCUCUGCGCCGCCGCCACCCACGCCGCCAAGGCCCUUUUUGGAUCGGACGAUGGGUAGUUACGGCAGUGGGCCCUCUGCACCGGUUGAUUAUGGUAGUUAUGAUACUCAGAGGGAGAGGCAUAAAGGAGGGAAGAGUAUGGGGUUUGGAACGGGAUUGGCUGUGGGUGCCGUUGCUGGGACUCUAGGUGGACUUGCAUUGGAAGAGGGAUUGAAACACGAGGAUGAGAAAAUCGCACAGAAAGUGGAGAAUGAUCUCGCUGCGCGUGACGAUUAUAGUGAUUAUCGUGCUGAUUACGGAUGUUAAAUUGUGGUUUGGUGAGGAGUUAUUUACCGUGUUUAAUUUGUCAUUCCACGGGUUUAUAUAUGUAUAAUCUAUGGUUAAUCUGGGUGCUCCUGCUCGAGAUUUCAACAUUUUAUUGAAAGGAAUAAAAUCUGCUUUUAUCUGCUUUUGCUGCA